AUGAAAAUUGAAGACAUAGCGAAACCGCAUAUUGAGUCAUAUAAUGCUCUAUUUUACAAUAAAGUAUUUAAAAAUAUUAUAAAAAAAGUCAAACCGUUAACAAUAGGCUCUUUUAGGAUGGAAAUAGCUGAUUUUACUGUUCAUCAGCCUUUUAUUACAGAAAGAAAUAAUAUUAGUUUGGAUAGAAGAUUACUACCGAGGGAAGCAAGGUUGACAAACACGACUUACAAAGGAAAAAUAUUUAUAAAAUUCAGUUUAUUUUAUGAUGAUAAAUUAAUAAGCUCGGAAUUUCGACCAUGUGGUGGAUUUCCUAUAAUGGUUAAAUCUGGAUACUGUCAUUUGUUGGAUGAACCAAAUCCUAAUUCUAUAGACGAAGAUGAGAAUGACAUUGGAGGAUAUUUUAUAAUUAAUGGAAUUGAUAAACUUAUCAGAUUUCACAUUAUGCAGAAAAGGAAUUAUCCUUUUGCACUGUGUAGACCACAAAAAAAUAAAAACUACACUGACAAUUAUAUUUAUAUUAGAAGUGUAGGGGAUGAUGAAUUGGGACAUGUAGGUUAUUUACAUUACAGCAUAGAUGGUGAUGUAUUUUACAGAUUUUUUAGAAGAAGAAAUGAGUUUCAUAUUCCAAUUAUUAUUAUUUUAAAAGCUUUAGUGAAUACAACAGACCAAGAAAUUUAUAAAAUGCUUAACAAUGACAUAUACAUUACAGUUGCACUAAAAAAAGCUACCAAAGAAGAAGUAUUUUCUAGAGCAGAAUGUAUUGAAUACAUUGGUGCUAGAUUUAAACAGUCAAUGAAUGCUUCUACUAAUGAAGAAGCUUGUAUAGAAAUUUUAGAUACAUAUGUGUGUCCACAUUUAACCAAAAAUCAAGAUAAGUUUAAUUUUCUAAUUUAUUCUAUAAAAAAACUUUUCAGUUUGGUAAAGGGAGAAAUUAUUCCAGAAGACUCAGACUCUCCUGCAUCACAUGAAAUGUUGACGGAAACACAGUUGUUUGCAAAUAUUUUUAAAGAUAAGUUAGAAGAUUUAAAAAGAUCUUUUAAAGCGCAAAUUAUGCGCACUUUUCUUCGUAAAAAUGGGAAGCGUAAAGAUUACGAAAAGAAUAAAGAACCAAUUUUGCCUUCUUUAGAAAAUUGUAUGCACGCUUUUAAAUAUCUUGAUUGUGUGAGUGUUGGCAGAGCAUUUGAAUCUUUUUUAUCUACCGGUAAUAUUAAUAUACAAAAUUCUAGUGAUAUAUUACAAAGUGCAGGAUUUAGUAUCAUGGCAGAAAGAAUUAACUUUUACAGAUACAUUAGUCAUUUUAGAAGUUUAAAUAGAGGAUCAUUUUUUCAAGAAGUUAGAACAACAGGCGUACGAAAAUUAAGAUCUGAAAGUUGGGGAUUUUUUUGUCCUGUACACACACCAGAUGGUACCCCCUGUGGAUUACUAACACAUUUAACUUCCGCUGCUUCUCUUGUCAAUUUUACCAAUAAUUUUGAUUAUAAUUUACUUUAUUCAUUUGGGAUAAUUCCUUCUCAUAGACAAUUUAUUAACGGAAUAUCUGUUUUUUAUAAUGGAUUACUGAUUGGAUACACUUUCAAUCCAUGUGAUCUUACAAAUAAACUUAGAAAAUAUAGAAGGGAUAAUAAUUUAAGCUUAGAAAUUAUUCAUUAUUCUGGACUUAAAUUAUAUGAAACCGUUUUAAUUUACAAUACUGUAUCUCGUUUGAUUAGACCUGUUCUUCACAAGGAAAGUGGUAAAAUUGAGAUGGUUGGAAUAAUGGAACAGGUCUUUUUAGACAUAAAUCUUAAUGAUAUGACAGUUUAUAAAGACAGUCCUAACAUUAGUAAAUGUUUUGAAUAUCAAGAAGUAGACAAUCAGAAUAUUUUUAGUAUAGUGGCUAGUCUCACUCCUUUUUCUGAAUACAAUCAAUCACCAAGAAAUAUGUAUCAGUGCCAAAUGGCCAAGCAGAGUAUGGGACAUCCUGCUCACAAUAUCAAAACUAGAAAUGAUUCUAAGAUUUAUAUGCUUAAUUACACUCAGCACCCGAUAGUACAAAAUAAAAAAUAUAGUCUUGUACAAGAUUAUCCUUUAGGGUUAAAUUGCAUUGUGGCUGUUUUGUCAUAUACAGCAUAUGACAUGGAAGAUGCUAUGGUUAUCAAUAAAGGAAGCAUGGAAAGAGGUCUUUUUACUGGAUAUGUUUACAAAGUAGAUAAAAUAGAAUUACCAAAAGACUGUUGUUUUUCUUAUCUUCCUGAUGUUGGUUGUAAAAUUAAUACUGGUGAUAUUUUAUAUAAAUACAUGGAUUUUGGAGGUAAAGAAACAUCUGUGUUGUGUAAAAGUAGUGAUGGAUAUAUUAUUGAAAGUGUAGACAUUUUUGAAAAUGAAAAUUUAUGUGCAAAUAUUAAGUUUAGAAUUAUUCGAAAUCCAAAUAUAGGAGAUAAAUUUUGUAGUAGACAUGGUCAGAAAGGUGUGUGUUCAAUGCACUGGCCAUCUAUUGAUAUGCCUUUUACUGAAUCGGGAAUUGUACCAGAUAUUAUAAUCAAUCCUCACGCAUUCCCAUCUAGAAUGACUAUAGGAAUGUUAAUAGAAAGCAUGGCUGGAAAAUCAGGCUGUUGUUUGGGGGAAAUACAAGAUGCUACGCCAUUUGAAAAAAAUACUUUUUUAAAUAAUAAUGACGUACAGCGCAAUGAACCAUCAAUCGGUGAUCAAUUAAUCCAGCAUGGGUUUAAUUACUAUGGAAAUGAGCCAAUGUACAGCGGUAUAACAGGCACAGAAUUUAAGACAGAUAUUUUUAUUGGUGUCGUUUUUUAUCAAAGAUUAAGGCACAUGGUAAAUGACAAAUAUCAAGUUAGGGCAUCUGGUGCCGUUGUAGCUACCACUAGACAACCCGUGGGAGGAAGAAAGAAUUUAGGAGGUGUAAGAUUUGGAGAGAUGGAAAGGGAUGCUAUGAUUGCACACGGUACCCCUUAUCUUCUAAAUGAUAGAUUACUUAAAUGUAGUGACCACUCUGUUUUUACUUUCUGUUGUACUUGUAAGAGUAUUCUAUUCGCUAAUAACGAUAAGUGUAUUUGCGGUGGUAAGAUUUUUAAUACAGUAGAGAUGCCUUAUGUAUUCAAAUAUUUAUGCAGUGAAUUGUUAGCUAUGAAUAUUAGAGUUAUAUUGGAUGUUAAACAGCCUGUUAUUUAA